UGCCGCACUUCUGGUGGGAGUGGUAAUUGGGGUCUGGAACUCACGGGUGACGUGGCCCUCACGUGGGCAGGAGCCGACGUUUGCAGACGUCCUUCUCAUCCUGGUCCUGGUUUGGUCCGGUUGCCAGCUCCCUAUUACCCCGAGGCCGGGCGGGCCUGUGGCCCGGGAAGGACGAGGAGGUAACUGCCGGGAUCCCAGCAGGAUCCAGAAUUUGGAAAAGCUGGUAUUGGGACUCUCUGAAGUGCUGUUCUGUCUGCCCAGCUGUCUGUCUCUGUCCUGCCGUUUGUGUGUCUGUGGAUCUUGCACUUUAGGGCCAAUUCAACCCUAGAAAGCAGGCAGAAGAGGAAAAUUGUCCAGAAAAAGUUUGCAGGACACAGUGGACUCCCAGGCAAGGAAGAGAAGGAAGAAACUGCCUGGACCUGUGCGGGUGUAUGUGGGGGUGCCAGUAGCCCCAGGACAUCUGGAGGGGUAGGGGAGGUUCUGCUGUUACCUGCAAGCUGCCACAGGGCCCGCCAGCUGUCGCUGAAGACUCCGCCCCCAACAGGAGCCCUGCUCUGGGCCAGAGCGGUCCCACUCCUCCCUGGUUAAGAAUUUGGUUCAGACCUUCACCCCAGCAUGGGCCGUACUCGGGAAGCUGGUUGUGUGGCCGCCGGUGUGGUGAUCGGGGCAGGCGCCUGCUACUGCGUCUACAGACUGACCUGGGGAAGAGAUGAGAGUGAGAAAAUCUGGGACGACGAUGAGGAAGACGAUGAGGAAGAAUCUAGUGAUAUUGUAGAGACUGGGGUCGAGACUGGGAAAGGAGCUAAGGCUAAUGCUGGGGUGGGGGCUGGAGCUAGACUUCAGGGUGAAUCAAAGGUCAAGGCUGAGGUGGGCAUGGAACUCCAGAGUGGUUCAGAUGUAAAGGCAGAGGCCCACUUGGGGGCCCGGAGCGGAGGUGGCCUAGAGGCCAAGGCCAAAGCCCUUUUCAGCACUCUGAAGGAACAGGCAAGUGCAAAGGCGGGCAGAGGAGCCCGGUUGGGCACUAUCUCUGGGAACAGGACCUUGGCACCCAGUUUACCCUGCCCAGGAGGCAGGGGUGGAGGCUGCCACCCCACCAGGAGUGGGGCUAGGGCUGGAGGUAGGGCAAGUGGAAAAACCAAGGGAAGAACCCGAGGGAAGAGCACCAGGACUCCAGCCACAGCAUGGCCUGUUCGCAGGGGCAAGUUCAACUUUCCCUAUAAAAUUGAUGAUAUUCUGGGUGCUUCUGACCUUCAAAAGGUUCUUAACAUCCUGGAAAGAUCAAAUGAUCCUUUUAUUCAAGAAAUAGCCUUGGUCACUCUGGGUAACAAUGCAGCAUAUUCUUUUAACCAAAAUGCCAUUCGUGAGUUGGGCGGUCUUCCAAUUAUUGCAAAACUGAUCAAAACGAAAGAUCCUAUUAUUAGGGAAAAAGCUUACAAUGCCCUUAAUAACUUGAGUGUGAAUGCUGAAAAUCAGGGCAAGAUUAAGACAUAUAUCAGUCAAGUGUGUGAUGAUACCAUGAUCUGUCGCUUGGACUCAGCUGUGCAGAUGGCUGGACUAAGACUGUUAACCAACAUGACUGUGACUAAUCAUUACCAACAUCUGCUUUCCUAUUCUUUUCCAGACUUUUUUGCUUUGUUAUUCCUGGGAAAUUACUUCACCAAGAUUCAGAUUAUGAAACUAAUUAUAAACUUUACUGAAAAUCCAGCCAUGACAAGAGAGUUGGUCAGUUGUAAAGUACCGUCAGAAUUGAUUUCCCUCUUUAAUAAAGAAUGGGACAGAGAGAUUCUUCUUAAUAUCCUUACUCUAUUUGAGAAUAUAAAUGACAACAUAAAAAACGAAGGGCUUGCAUCGUCUAAGAAGGAAUUCAGCAGAAGUUCACUUUUUUUCUUAUUCAAAGAAUCUGGAGUGUGUGUUAAGAAAAUCAAGGCAUUAGCAAAUCACAAUGAUCUGGUGGUGAAAGUAAAAGUCCUAAAAGUAUUGACCAAACUCUAAUUGGGAGUAGGUCCCAAACAAUCUCGAGAUAAUUUUUUAGUGUGCACUGGGAACAAUGCAUUUUGUAAAUUCUUUGUUUUCCACUGUGCUUACAUGGCAAGGAGAUCCUUUCAGCUCCUACUCUGGAAUAAUGAAUAUCAAGGGUCAUCAACAGUGAUGUUACUUGUGGUGGCUGGUUUUAGUCUGGACCAUUGUAAUGAUUUAAUGAAUCUUAGAGCUUGUAUAAAGAGAGCAUUUAUUGAUUCCAUCUUGCUACCUAGAUUGAGAUAUUUUUUACUCUUUCCUCUACCUAAACUGACAGCAGACUAAUCAUAAAUAAGCUACACUUUUGUAUUGGUUUACAUUUGUUAAUCUUAGACUUGUGUUUCAUCAAUAAAGUUGUGUGUUUUAACCAGCAAAAAAAAAAA